CAGAAAAUUGCUCCAUCGAUCGAAUAACUGCUCUCUCUUUCCCUCUUCUCUUUCUCCCGCCGACGCGGCGACGGUCGUCCGUUCUCGCGCUUCUCAGUUCUCUCAAAUCACUCGUAUUCAAUUCAAACCCUAACGCAGCCGAUUAACCACUCUAUCACUCGACGGAGACGGAAUAUUCCGACAGCCGGCGCUUCCUAUCCGUCUUCUCUUUCGCGAUUCGGAAUCAGCAUUCAGAGAAAAACGCGCGCCCGCGUGCAAUAGAUUGACACUACUGUUCUUGUUGGAACUUUCCUUAUCUCCGGCGUGAAGGCAGAGAAAGAACGAACUUACCUUUUUUAUCCGUCAGGCGGCGGUUGAAACGUGAAUCGACGUCCCGAGGUUCCGAUCUCAGUCUAGCCCAGGGUGCGCCACUUCCGCACAGAUGAGUCUCGUGGCCGAUUCUCCGGUGAGCUCAUCUGGCAGUGAUGAUUUUGCUGAAUUCCUUGACGGUCAUCUGGAUGCCGGAUCUGAGAAUGAAGACGACGGAGAAGCUAAAAGGGAGGUUGCUUCUAGUUCUUCAUCCUCCUCCUCGAGCGAGGAAGAAUUCGAAGAUGAUGAUCAACCUGUAAGCAAGAGGACAAAGAUACCAGAGGCGGAGAUAGUGCAAAAUGGAGAUGGUCUUGAGGGGUCAGCUUCCCAUGUUAUCGUAAAGCAGAACUUGGAGACAUCAUCCAGUGCAUCUGUCAGCAAGAAUGAAUGUGCACAUCCAGGGUCUUUUGGUAAAUUGUGCGUACGUUGUGGAGCACAGGUUGAGGUUGCUGGGGUAUCAUUUGGAAACAUACACAAGGAAAUCUUGUUCGGGAAUGCGGAAGUGGCUCGAUGGCGAGAUACUGAUACUAAGAGUGUGUUGUGCCGUCGGAAGCUUUAUUUGGUACUUGAUUUGGAUCAUACAUUGCUAAAUUCUACUCAUCUUAAGCAUAUGGUCCCAGAAGAAGACUAUCUAAAUAAUCAGAUAGACUCCAUACAAGACUGUCAAAAUGGAAGCCUAUUUCGGUUAAGCUUCAUGAACAUGAUGACCAAGCUUAGGCCCUAUGUGCACACUUUUCUGAAGGAAGCUAGUCAAAUGUUCGAGAUGUAUAUAUACACCAUGGGAGACAAGGCUUAUGCACUGGAAAUGGCCAAACUGCUUGACCCGAGAAAUGAAUACUUCCACGCCAAGGUGAUUUCUCGCAACGAUGGCGCUCAGAGACAUCAGAAGAGUCUCGAUAUGGUGCUGGGAGAUGAAAGUGCAGUCCUCAUUCUCGAUGAUACCGAACAUGUAUGGCCAAGCCAUAGAGACAACUUGAUACUGAUGGAAAGAUACCAUUUCUUCGCCUCGAGCUGUCAGCAAUUCGGUUUCGGAUGUCAUUCCCUCUCUCAGCUGAAAAGCGACGAGAGUGAACCUGAGGGAGCACUUGCAGCUGUUCUUAGCGUCUUGAGGAGAGUUCACCAUAUCUUCUUCAACGAAUUGGCCGGCCAAACUGGUCGCAGGGACGUGAGACAGGUCCUGAACACUGUUCGUAAAGACGUGCUGAAGGGCUGCAGAAUCGUGUUCAGCAGGGUCUUCCCAUCCAAGUUUCCAGCCGAGAGCCACCCCCUCUGGAAGAUGGCCGUGAACCUGGGAGCUACUUGCGCCACAGAAGUCGAUCCCACCGUGACCCACGUUGUUGCCAUGGAUCCCGGUACCAAGAAGUCCCGCUGGGCGCUGGAGAAGGACAAGUUCCUGGUCCUCCCGCGGUGGAUCGAUGGGGCUAACUACCUCUGGCAGAGGCUGCCAGAGGAGAACUUCCUCGUGAAGAGCAAUGAACCCAAGGCAGAAGCAAAGGUCAAAGAUUCUGUUGUUUAGCGCCUUUUAAGUUUAACCCGCUGACUCUUUCAUAGUUCUCACUCCCCUGAUGUGGGAGCUGUCGCCCGUUGGACGCUUCAUCGUUGGAUCGAUGCAGUGACAUUUUAUUUAUAAAUUGUUAUCGCGUCUAUCCAACAAAGAAGAGUGGAUGGAACGCCUGAUCUGACGACUCCCAACCUUACUGUUCGAAUUUGAGCACCAUGGCCGAAUUGUUUCGUUAGAGAAUAGAGAACUAUUUUGUCUGAGUUUACUCACUGUAGUGAUUUGUCAUUUGUUACUGUAGAAAAUCCAAAUACAUUAGAUAGAAAGGCCUGAUGGUAUUCUGGUUGGUGGGCCGGCAUUGACCUGUUGGUGAAUCAUUCAUAGGCGAGAGUUACAGGGCCGUGACCUGGGCCUGGAAAAGCCAGCCUGUUUAGCUACUCAUGGGCUCUAUGUGGGAUUAAAGGUUCUGUCGAUAGUGAAACAGUCCAAAGAAAAA